GGUGUCCAGAAUGACCAAGGAGAAAACAAAAGUACCACGAGGGGAGCUGCCGUGAAAGAUGAUUCUGCGAAUCAGAAACCCCUUUACGAGGCAAGCAGUAGCGCAAGUGUCAUCGGACCCGAUGCCGCACCCUCGUGCGCUACGGUGAAAAAGCCAUCGCUUGUCAGCUCACAGUCCUCCGGCAUGGCCUACAGUUCGUC